GCUCUGUUGAAUUUCCGCUGAACAAAAAGUGAAGUAACACUAAUAUAGCAAACAAUAAGUUUGUAGGCAUUUUUGUUUUUGCAAUAACUUGACACUUGGAACUAACUACGGUAGCGAGUUGAAGAACUUGGCCGCAAAAUGAAGGUAAGAACAUUCGAUAAUCGUUUUACUUCCGUACUGUGGCCAUGAUACGACUCUAAAAAAUUGACGCUAAGGGGAAUCAAAGUCUUUGAGAAGACUGCACUUUGAUGUUAAUUUAGAUGAGAUUUUUAUGAUGGUUCGUUCGAGAGAUGAAGAUUUUUUUCCUUCAUGAACUGAGCUGGGUAUCGUUGGCGAAUUUCAGGUUUGCCUUUUCUUUCUUUAAAAUUUUAUCUUGAAUUGUCGGACUUGAAGGUAGCGAAGGUUCUUGGCUUUUCUUUAUUUUUAUGCAUGGAUUACGUCGACUAAUAGGACCGAACGGGUAAGAGUUAAGUUUACGUGCGCGGCGCCAAUCUCAUCAAUUGCGAUAAGCAGUACAGCCGACGUGCGCCUCCACCUACCCUGUGCAUUACAAUUAUUAUAACAUAGCAAUAGUGCAAUGCUCCAUACUGUAUUAUUGAAUCUUUGACUUUGGCGAAUUUCUUAGUUCAAGACUUAAAGUAUUUCGACCUUAUUUAACAUGAUUAACAUGAUAAACAGUCUCCUGAGCGACCACAGGAAUAUACUGCUUAUAGUCAAUCUUAUAUCAACGGUCAUAUUUAAGGAUGUAAUUAACGGAGUCUUGAGCCAUUAUCACCUUUUUAAGGGUUAUACCCCGAGUGAAAAUCGAUAAAUGGUUCGCCAAAUAAUAUCAUUGAACGAAUCAACUGAUGAGCAGUCUCCAGUUCAUGUGCGAAAAGACUGUUUUUUUUUUGUAUGACCACAAAAAUUUAACACAGGUUAAAAAAAUAAGUUUAUAGCGUGCGUGGGUUGAAAAGUAUGGAGAGUGGAAUUAUGUUGCUGUAAAAGCAGCCAAGAUUCGCGAACGAAUAUGCUGCUGACGUAGGAUAUAUAAAUGAUAAUUUAGAUGCUCUCCGGCGUCCACUGAAACACGCAAGGUCAAGCCGUGACAGUCAGAAUUUCAGAAUUACAGCUGAAAGAAGUUUGAAAGUGUGACUUUGCUUUCUUAAUUUAAAAGCACUAAAGAGCGGCUAGACAGAGUCGGCAGGCCUCGAUUAUUGUAAACAUAUGCAAACUACGCUAAAACAAUGAAACAACAUAUUGCUUCUAUAGCACCCCUCAGAGAUACUCACUUGAUAUAGUGUACAGACUAUUGUGCGAUUGAUUUGAGCUGGCAUUCACUCUCUGGAGUUAAAUCUUCCAGGCAAUGCUUGAAUGUUUCAUCCCUGUCUCUUUCAGUUGUGGUAGUCGGUUUUAUUUUUUUCUCAAGUGCUCGCUUUGUGUUCUUUAUCGUAGUUAGUUGUAAGUCGCCGAAAAUAUAGAGUCAGUGCAUAAAACAGUCACUUAGUCUUAACUUGAAUUAUAUACCCCACCAUCGUCAAAGUAAAUAGAACUUAGAUUAAAAAAAAAAACGAACAGGACGGAAAGACCCUCCAAGGAAUAAGGUAGAACAAUUUUAAUUCAUUUAUUACAAUCUGGGCUUACAUAAAAAAGAGAAGCUGUCCAAUUUGGCUCAGCUUCGCUAAGUUGCUGCUCACUGACAAACAUUUUUUUAGGUAAGAAGAUAAGAACUGAUUCAUCUAGGUGUAGGAUAAAUAGAGCUUUUGAUGACCAUGGCUUUCUCAUCAAGUAAAAAUGUUGAGGCACUCCAUUAAAAAAGAGUUAAUGUUUUAAACGCCUCAAAUGUUUUGCCGCAGAUUUCUAGAUAGUUGUCCAAUUAAAGCUCUCGAUUGAUUUAUAUUUUUUUGGGCCCAGCUGAUCUUUAUGCAUACGUCAGAUCGAAUGAGACUAGUUGAGUUCAACCUUUUUAAUGAAAGUGGAAACCUUAUGAAACAUCUGUCAUUUAUUUACAUGUUGAUAGGACAAAAUGUAAGCGCAUUGCCUACUUAUAGGCUCUUCUAUCGGCUUUAAAGUAUUGAGCGGAAUUCGUGAUUACUGAAGUCUUUCACGCUGUUUUUUACCUGUGAGUCAAAAUAAUAUUAUUCAAUAUAAAAAAUCCUGUUUAAGUAGGACAAAUCAAGGUUGGAAAUCUAAUGAUCUGUUCACUAAGCUAAGCUUAGGGAACAUGACUUGUUAACGCACUAUCUAUUAGUAAGUGGAUAGCAGGUCAAGUUAAUGAAACUUUGGUACAGCCUAAUCUCAAUAUCGUAACUAUACCUUUUAAUACGUUCACCAUUCAAAAAGAAAGCUUUUGGCUACUCCGAGUUGUUCGUUCGCUAACUUGCUCACGGGUAAUAAAUUGGGAUGUAAGAUAUUCAGGGGCGUGACCGGUCUUGCAUUUGAAAGCCAUAAUAGCUUGGCGAUAGUACAGUUCGUCCUUAACAGGCAACCAAGACAGGCUUUUUAAGAGGGUUGUCACAUGAUCAUAUUUUUUCGCACCGCUGACGAUUGGGCAAGCAAAGUUUUGAACGGCCUGCAAUUUUCUAACAUUCUUAUUUGCGAUACUUGCCCAAACAUUCGAACAGUCACAUUUUGCUGAAGGUGGUACGUAAUUCAUUAUGUUCCAUCACUGAGUCACUUCUAAAGGUUUCAAGGUCAGGAAUUUAUAGACCCACCCACGAUGAGUGAAAAUACUUGUAUUAAUAUAAUACAUAGAUACUGAUACUCUGACGUAUGCAUCAUAUUACACUCCCAAAUUACGUCACAAACUACAAAACAACUAGCCUGCGAGUAAAAACUGUCUCUCCUCGCUCGUCGUCGUUUCCGCUAAGAUAUCUGCAAUCCGCCCCCAAAAUUCCAUAGUGAUGGCGUGAUGCGCAGGGACCCGCAGGGUUGCUAGUCCCUGCUCGGCGUUUUCCCAGGCCUUCUCGGUCAAUGCAUUACGGUGACGUAUCCGAUCAAAAACUCGCUCGGACCACAUGACCCGAAACGCAUGAGCCUUGUGGGAUAGUGAGGCCUAGAGGACCUAGAGACUAGGGAAAUGACGUGAAACAAUGUUUACAAACCCGUCAAACGCGCAAUAAAGACAAACGAGUCGACGAAGUUACCCUCCCUGCCUCCCUGAAAGGGAUUAAAGUUGAAAAGAGAGACGUCAAACAACGCUGGAAAGAACAUUAUUACACUGUCUGUUUUAUGAAAUGAUUUUUAUUACAGAGAAGAAACCAAUCUUAAACAAACAAUGAGAUUUCAUCCGGGCAAAACUGUUUCUUGAACUUAUCAUGUUUUUAAUUACACGUACAAAACAUGUCACUUUUGUUCUCUGUUUUUUUUUUCUGUCACUCUGAAUUGUGUAAAUUAAGUUACGUUUUUGUUUUUUUAUCUUCUAUCUUGUCACUUGAUAAUGAUGUCAGCGACAUCAAAACGUGGUGUAAAGCUCUUUUCGCUAUUUCUAAGUUAUGAAAUUUCGAGAAAAAUAAACGCUGUCGAAAAUUAAACCCAGCAUCUGCUAAGUGGUCAUUUUAAAUUCAAGUUUUUUUCCUCAAAUUAAUCACUAAACAGCCUGGACUACUUUAAAAAUUAAAAACUUGGUCAAAACUUGUUUCCCAUGGUAACGUUAAUGUUGACGUACAUGUGAACGCAACCUUAAGAAUGUCCCAGAUAUAUUUUAGGAAAAUUCCUUAAGUUUGGCAAUCGUAGCUUGAAGGGUCAAUAUUCAAUUCAGGUCGGGGAUCGGGGGAUUGGAAAGCCCUCCUGUUUUAAAGAAGGGUGGAGGUGCCUUUGCUGGCAUUAAUCUUCUCUUUCUCGUUUUUAGCCAUAAAUGUAAAUAUCUACGAUUACUCUGAGAGAUGUAAUGUUAAAAAUGGCUCGACCGUCUGGUUUGCUCUAACUCAGGAUUUUCUGAACUAAAAUUAAAUUAUUGUUGAUUCUUUACUGAAGUUUUUCUGUACUCUCUUUCAGUUGAUGAAAGGUCUUUGUUGCAAUGUUUUCCUAUUGGCGUACGUUGCAACCUGCUAUUCACAAAGCCAGAACAUUAAGCCCUGUGCAUCAGUGCCGACGAGGUAAAAUUAAAUUUAAAAUUGUUUUCUUGAGGUUUGUUAUGUGGGUUAUAUAGAUUUUUUGCUCUUUCACCAACUUCAUUUUCUUGAGUAACUCUUAGGUGUACUCAGGUGAAUAAGGUAUGGGCCUCCAUUUAUUCAAGUUAUUGUUCAAAAAAGUAAGGGGUUGGUGUAACUUCUGAAAGUUUACUUAUAACAACCUAAGACUUUGGUAAGCUAAUAAGUUCACAAAUCGUUUUUUUUCUGACGUGGAUGACGUAUGCAAAUAUGGUUAAGUGACAUAUUAGCAAAAAAUUCUCAAUCAAAAUGGCAACAGUUUAUGCUUACAAUCCUUUAAGUUUGUUACUAUUGGAUUAGUGAAAGUGGUAAAAGGAAACAAACUUUGCUUGGUAUUUGUUAAAUGUGUGAUUACUUUGGAAAAUAUUCGACAUUUUGUGCUAGUGCCCAGUCCCCAAUGAAAAUGAUUUCCUUUUUCGGACUUUUCAUAAAUUAUCUCAAGAUUUCUAAGCACAAAAAUGAUGUGGCUAAGUGUUAACAUCAUAACCUAAAUGCAGCCACCAGACUAUAAUAAAAAUUGUUGCCGUUUAGCUGGGUAGAUUUUUGAGCUAAAAAUAACUCUGACAUGUCAAGUGACAAUAUUUGAUCGAAAGCAGCAUCUAAGGUUCCGCAACUUUUUUGUGUUAACGAUAUCCCAAAGCUAUUCAGGGUUAUAACAAAAAUGGAUCAAGCGUUAUAACACCCCAUUUACUUAUUUUUAUAAAAUAAAAUUGGCCCCAGAUCUUAAUUUACCUGAGUAGUAAACGAUCGAUCAGUAAACCAUUCCCCAAGGGUUGGCAUGACCGCUUCAUACAGAUUUGAAUGUAUGCUGCGAAUUUCUUUCUUAGAGAAUAAAGUUUGUGGAUAGAUUCCACACCUUGUAAAUUUGGGCCCGGUUCCUCAAUGAAAAGAUGGUUUAAACUUUAACCCAGGAUUAAGCCAAGUAAACUUCAAGUCUUGUUUAAGAAAAAGUAACUCGAGAUAAUGCAAUUGUUGAUCCCUUCCUCUAAGAUAGAGUUAUGAUAACAAAAAAUGUUACUCAGUAAUGCAAUACAUAGGAAGGUAAACGUAAGAAUUCUCGAUAAGCACAGACAUGCCUUUCAGAAAGCUGGCCUUGAUGUCUACGACAUUUUGUGCUCUAACAUCUAAGAGUAAAAUCAGUACGUCAUCCAGCAGUCAGAGCUCCUUUCUCCGCAUUCUGAACAGAUUUACGUCAUCAGUAUGGAAUUCUAUAGGACUUCUUGUGCCACUGUAUGGAUGAAAUGAAGUGACGAUCACAUAUUCUCGGUUUUCACAUGACGUCACCAAAACUCAAACUGAGAAAUUAUCAAUUCUUCUGAGUUUCUACUUUCAUGAGGUAUUACAGCACCUAAACACCUUUAUGUAAACAAAUUUUCGGUUCGAAAGUGUUCUUCGUUUUGCAAAAGAGGAUGCUUGAAUUUCCAGGCUCUUGCGUGACGCGGCAAUUAGGUAGUGGCCGGGAACGCUCAUAUGUGGGUUUAAAACGUUGCCGAUGUUUUUAGAUUUUGCUAUCUAAACAUUCCUUGUCUCAGAAUAAAUAUUAAUUUAAUUUUUAUGAGUUCCUUUAGCGGUGAACUCACGUAUUAGUAGGAAAACCCAAAAAACAGAUCUUUCUUUUGGUUUGGGGCGGCCAUAUUUGUGCCCCUCAAAAGAAAACCAACAUGGUGUCCCCACACAACCUGAAAAGCUUUAUAAAUUGGAAUAACACGUUUUUCCGAAUAUCUCGCAUAGGAAAUAUCGCAAAGACCUUAUUCUUGACUUGUAGCAGAAUAGGGGCGCUUAUUGGAAUGGGGGUGCCUAAUGGAAUAGGGGCGCUUAUUAGAAAGGGGGCACUUAGUGGAAGGAGGGGGCUAAAUCGAAUCAUUACGGUACUUGAAUCAAUAGUGAACUUACGCAUCAGGACGGGAGAGGAAGACGGCAAACCUUGUGUGACAAUAAGCGUGAAAAUAAUUUUGUUUGAGAAAAAUUUGACACAAACCUCAACUUCCUUUAAACAGAUCUUUUUGUAAAAGACUAAAAGACAUUGCUAUUUAGUGAAGAUCACGACAGAACAUGCAAGUAAUAGCCCUGUCACGUUUGUCACACACAACCGUUUUGCCGUCCUCCUCUUUCUGCCGUCCUGUUGCGUAAACUCACUAAUAUUAAGGGGACAGCAUAACGUGACAAGUGUUUCAACAAAUGUGACGAUUAUUGUAGUUUCGGAUAUGUAUCUGUUCUUAUCAAGUGUUGUUUCACCUUCGGCUGUUUAUUUUAUCAGGGUAGACUGCCUUAAAGUUCACGAAGUUCCGAGAACUCCGACCCCGUGGGUUAUUUGCGGCUCGGGCAUCAAAACAACUGUCGAACACUUGUGUGGAUUACGGGUGAAAAGAGAAGGUAUAUAUAGAAAGGCAUUUCAUGUAUAAUUAUAGCAUUUUUUUAUGAUAGAGCAUUUUGUUAUGUAGCUACUAGAUGUAAUUCCGAUCAAUACUGUAACAGACACGGUGGGCAAACAGGACGCCAAAUGUGGCCACUUAGGAACUACUUUUGCAGCUUUUAUACGUUUGAGCUCAAAGUUUGCAGAUGGUAGGACUUUGUAUUCCAAACAAUCAAGUGUUUUUUGGUUUUCGAUUAUAACGUUUUUUGGCGGGACAAUGACGUCACAAGAUUGACAGCAAAAUUUAAAUUUUUUAACUAAUGGCGUAACAAAUAGGUAAUUUUGAAAGAGGGCGACGAGAUAGAAACAAAUGUGAAUAUAUUUUGGAAAUUUAAAUGCGUAUUAGGAAGGUUUGUGUGUGUAUAUAUAUAUAUAUAUAUAUAUAUAUGAUAUACGCUUUCAUUGUAAAUUUUCAUAAAGGUCGUUUAGUCAGUACGUAAGCACUGUUAAUUCAAUAUUGAAGUCAAUAAAAUAACGUAUAGUAGCCAGCUCUUUAAAGCCUCUAAUUUUAUUGGAUCUUUUAUAACACGCAGCUCUCAGUUAAUGACUUGUUAGGGUUAUGGUCCACUGUUACCGUUAUUUCUCAGCCAAUCCUGUGAGGCUUUUUAACAUAACAAUUAAAACCUUUGUGUAACCUGGAUAUCAGCUCGCCAGAUACCUUUUGCAUACCUACGUUUACUUCCACGACAUCCAUAUUUCACUUAUUUUUUCUCUAUUUUCAUAGCACCUAAAGAUGUAUUAUUGAGAAAAAAGAGUGCUAGCCAGUUUUUAUCACCACAUCGUCGGACCAAAAGAAGCUUCAAUGCUGUAGAAGAAUGCUGUGAUGAAGGCUGCACACUUGAAGAACUCCGAGAAUAUUGUCCCCGGAUAUAAAAUUACUAGAGAAAAUAACUCCAUUUUUAGUGCCGAGAGCCUAAUGCAGAGGAAGUAUUUUAUUGCUCUAUUUAUAGAAGCUGCUUUGUUCCAUGCACUGAGCGCGGUUAUGGAGGCAAAAAAAUCCAAUGUCAUCGCGCUGGAAGGGUCUAUUUAUGUCACGCUGUUUGCUAUCUUUUUAAAAAGCUAAAAAAUGUCUGUGUAUCAAUUAAAUUCCAGAAAUAAUUGUCCAGUUUUCUCAUUUAGGGCUACAUUGCAGAAACUCUUUCCUCUUAUCCGUUGCCAAGGGUGGCGAGGACGGACAUGGAUUAAAACUUGUAAAAGAUGGUCGGGCCAAAUUUUUCAAGUUUUAUUGCUAUGUCUGCAAAAAUCACCAAAAAUUAUUAUGCCUCGUGCUCCCUGAUGAAAUUUGUUUGAUAUCGUCAUAUAUGUCAAAUGGAGGAUUCCGUGUUUUUUAGUAGUAGUAAGGUACUUUGGUACUUUUAAGUACCUUACUACUAAAAAUAAUAAAUUCACUCAGAAUUGGCCUAAAACAGCAAUGUACUCGUGACAUUCUUAGCAACUUUAAUUUCAACUAUCGCUUUUUUUUCUUUUAUUGAUGCUUCUUUGUGUUCUUCUUUGUGAUCGAUAUAAUUCCACUUACUCCUUAGCGAAGCAUGAAAAAGUAAAGAAUCACCAGACAGAUUCUUUCUUUUGUUUUGUAAUAAUUUUUAAUUUUUGACCAACCUUUCAUCAAAUUAUUUAUCUGUUCUUAUAGAAGAUUACAUUACUUUAUCUACCAAAAUAAAGUUACACUAUCGUAUUAAUAGCGUCCUUCUAUAAAUUGCUCUGCUUUAACGAAGCGCUCUUCUUUGCGCACAAACUAUGUUUCUGG